AGGCCUUCCACUCCUCACUCCGCUCGUCUUCUCUCCUCAUUCACCAGACCCGAGCCCACCGCCAAAGGUGUCGAAAACCUCCGCGGGGCUCUCCGGCGUGCUUCCUCGUGCCUCGGGGACCCCGAUCUGCUGUCGAGAUCCCGUUCCCGGAUGCCCUGAUCGUACCUAGACGUUGCAGCUCGCCCCUGGUCGUCGGCGUCCGCCGAACCGAAUUUCGGAUAUGGCGGCGACCGGCAUGAAGAUCGCGCUGCAUCGGCAGGUCUCCGGGGGCUCGAUGAAGGACACCGCGGAGCUCCGGCGGCAGUCGUCGCUGGAGUCCCCGCGGACGGGGCGGGCGACCAGCCGGUUCCUGUUCGGGCGGCAGUCGUCGAUGGACCCGAACCGACGGCGCGGACGGAGCCAGAGCCCCGUGGGGUUGGCGGAGGAUCUGACCGUGCCGGACAACCUGGACGCCACCAUGCAGCUGCUCUUCUUUGCGUGCCACGGCGACGCGGCCGGCGUCGAGACGUUGCUGCGGGGCGGCGUCGAUGUCAACAGCAUCAACCUCGACGGCCGCACCGCGCUGCACAUCGCGGCCUGCGAGGGCCACCCCGGCGUCGUCCGGGUGCUGCUCGACUGGAAGGCCAACAUCGACGCACGCGACCGGUGGGGCAGCACGGCAGUAGCUGAUUCCAAGUGCUAUGGACAGACGGAGGUCUACGAUCUCUUGAAAGCUCACGGUGCAAAUAUUCCGAGAAACAGGAGGACGCCGAUGAUGGUAUCGACCCCUGGUGAUGUACCGGAGUACGAGUUGAACCCCGCCGAGCUCCAAUUCCGGCGAGGGCAGGAGGUUCCCUCGGGCGUGUACGUCAUUGCGAAAUGGAAUGGCACCAAGGUUUCCGUAAAAAUACUUGACAGAGAAAGCUGCUCCAACCAAGAAGCCAUAAACUCUUUCAGGAAUGAGCUGACUGUAUUGGAGAAGGUCCGGCACCCUAAUGUCGUUCAGUUCAUCGGCGCCGUCACACAGAACAUACCUAUGAUGAUUGUUUCUGAACUCCAUGGAGAGACUGAUUUAUCAAGCUGUAUUCAGAAGAAAGGAAAGCUACAUGGGCAGAAGGUGCUAAGAUAUGCCCUUGAUAUUGCCAGGGGUAUGACUUAUCUCCAUCAGAGCAAACCAGACCCCAUCAUCCACUGUGAUCUUAAGCCAAAAAAUAUCUUCCUGGAUAGUGGAGGCCAACUGAAGAUUGCGGGAUUCGGAGUGACACGGGUGUCCAAGAUCGCCCCUGACAAAGUGAAAUUGGUUAAUCAUGGGGUUCUUGUUGACAGCUUCAGUUACCACACUGCGCCUGAGCUGUACAGAAACGAAGUAUUUGACUCAAGCGUCGACGCCUUCUCAUUCGGUUUCAUCCUCUACGAGAUGGUUGAAGGAUCAAUUCAAGCGAAAACAUCAGAGGAUUCAGGUCACAUAAUCCGGAUCGAGGGGAGGCGGCCGUCACUGAAGAACAAGCUCAAGGGCUAUCCUCCAGACUUCAUAGCGCUGAUCGAAGAAUGCUGGCACCCUCAGGCGAUGGCGAGGCCGACAUUCUCGGAAAUAAUCACCCGGCUGGAUAAGAUCUACGCUCAUUGCGCGAAGCAAGGGAGCUGGAAGGAUUCUCUGAAGAUUUGGUGUGUAUCUCGUCGAUUUAAGCGAUCUAAGCAUCCAUCAGUGAAAAGCAGAAUCCACACUGAAUCGUGAACAGUACAUUCAGAAAAGAUUUUACACUCGGUGACUGAAUUUAUUUUUCUCGGGAAACACUCGAUGACUGAAAAUUGCUCUGCGUUGUCCACAUUUUACAGGAAAUGACAUGGCCUGCACGUCUUCUUUUGUGUACAUAUCACGCAGAAAACGUGUCUCUUCCCGGGGAAGCUUGGGUGCCACUAAGCUGGACUGGAGGAUCGAUCACAUGCCAUGUUGAUCGUUGGGUACAAACUGUAACAGAUUGUGGCCUAAAUUGGACAAAACAGCACGUAUGCGUUCUUUUUUUCUGCAGUGUCAGACAGGAUGCACGUGUUGUUGUUGUUGGUCUUCUCGUACUACAGAAACUAAGAUAGCAUGAAAUUUACUUAUCCUUUUUAGAGCAAAAUGAUCUAGCUAA